AUCCCCAGCUCAAGGGUAUAGUGACCAGGUUAUAUUGCAGGCAAGGCUACUACUUGCAAAUGCACCCCGAUGGAAGUCUCGAUGGAACCAAGGAUGACAGCAGUAAUUCUACGUUAUUCAACCUUAUACCAGUGGGACUUCGAGUUGUUGCUAUCCAGGGUGUAAAGACUGGGUUGUAUAUUGCCCUAAAUGGUGAAGGUUUCCUCUACACAUCAGAACUUUUUACACCAGAGUGCAAAUUCAAGGAGUCUGUUUUUGAAAAUUAUUAUGUAAUCUACUCAUCCAUGCUCUACAGACAACAGGAGUCCGGGAGGGCCUGGUUCUUGGGGCUGAACAAAGAAGGGCAGGUCAUGAAAGGAAACAGAGUGAAGAAAACAAAACCAGCAGCUCAUUUUCUACCCAAGCCAUUGGAAGUUGCCAUGUACCGAGAACCAUCUUUGCAUGAUAUUGGAGAAACAGUGCCAAAGGCUGGGGUAACUCCAAGUAAAAGCACAAGUGCAUCUGCAAUAAUGAAUGGCGGCAAACCAGUUACCAAGAGUAAGACAACAUAGCCAGAUCCUCACAGGUGUUGUGACUUACUGAGUCCCGAGUACAGUUGAGCAGUUUAUCCUUGCCAGACUUCCCCUCUGCAGUGUCUGUGGAUCAGCUUGCGGCAAGUCACAUGCUUGCCCGUUGCUGUUGCUGAACUGAGUUGUUGCAAGAGGAUAAAUCUCAACAUGUAGCUCCACCCACAACAAGAAGACACCUGGAUGAACCAGCUAAACUCAGACCAUGGAAUGCCCUACCAGAUAUUGGAAUGCCUUUUUAAUAUCUUUUCUGUGACUGUGACACUUCAUGUGAAUGACAUACUUCACAAGUACACUUGAUACCUUGCCUGCUGACAAUUGCCCAUAAUCCCUUUUUGAGUCCAGUUUCAGCAAAAUCCAUGUGUUUAAGUUCUAUUUUGUAGCACACAAAUAAUCAAGUAAUUUCUAGUUAGAUGCUGUAAACCUGUGCUAUUAUGGAUUUCUCUUCUUCCCUUUUUUAUAAGGCUGCUCGCUCCACUGUCUGUGACCUUUUGCAGGGAUUGUGUUUCUCUAUAACUUAAGUGUUGCCGGUGGCUUAGUUCUGAAAGCAAUCAGGGAAUCAGGAAGCCUUCAAAAAUCUAUUAAUACAAAUUAUAUCUAUAAAGAAUAGGGUUGUUGUCUCUGGCUUACAAUAUUGAUUAAAUGUGAAUACUCUCUAGUAACAGAUACUGUGCUUCUGAGGUUGGCAUUAUAGUGGAGGAAGGAGUGUCAAACACAGCCAACAGGAAGUUUUCUGAAACGAGUGUUUGGCAUCCCCCUAUAGUUUCUUUUUGUGUGUGUGUUUUAUACAUAUCACAGGCUUACUGGUAAUGGUAACAUUUGCCUUGCCCAGCGAGCAAGACCCACUCAUUUUUGGGAAAGUGGGUCCAAAGAAUUUUGUAGGCCUUGUAGGCCUGAAUUAAGGCUCAUUUUUCAUCUACUAAAUCGUCAUUGUUUGAAAAACAAGCACCACCAAUAAUAAUAAUAAUAAUUAAAAAAAAAAAAAAAAGUUAAAUAAGACUAACCAGAAUUGCGCUACCUAAAUCCAUUUUGAAUAUAAUCCUUCCCUGUUUUUAAGGAACUGAACUUAAUGCCAUUGUUAUUUUUGGCUGAAUCCCACACCUACUUAGCAAAGCAUGGGCAAGGAUGUCGUUGUGUUCUUUUUUGCAGCACCAAUGCAAAGGGUAGUUACAAAUUAUAGUUUAAUAUUUCUGGUGUUUUAAAAAAAAAAAAAAAGUUUUAAAACUGGACAUAUUACAAAACUUUUAUUUUUAUUUUUCGCUAAGCAUGCAAAGUCCAGUCCUAUGUAUCACUGAUAUCCCAGUACGUACCUCCACCCAGCCUCCUAGGAUAAUAUGCCCAACAAAUUGCUAGAUUGAAGGUGCCUUGCCUUGAUCUCUGUAUACUGUACUUUCUCCUACGUGAACCUAGAACAAAUCAAAAACGUUUUAAAAUUGAAGCCUUGGACCUUAUUACCAGAAACAACAUCAAUCCUUUGAGUUUGUCACUUGUGAACGAUUAAACCAAUGUUGGGGGCGAGGAGGAAGAUUUAGAGAAUGGCACAGAGAUGCCACUGAAGUGUUGCACACUUAAUCACAGGCCUUCAGAAGACUAAAAAUAUGGGUAUUCUCUGUACGCUUAAGGAGGUAUUUGUUUCUCAAAAAGGGGCAACAAGGACCAAACUGUACCUCAGUCUGGAAAACUGUGUGGCAAUGCUCUCUUGGCCUCUUGUACCUUGAUAUUUAAAGACAAAAAAAGGAAAUCAUCCGUUCCUUUUUUAGCAUUGUAUUUCUGGCAAUUUGUUUUAUCACAUCUUUGUGCUGUAAGUCCCCUAACAGAGACUGAUGGUUAUUUCAAACUCCCUGUCUGCUCAGCUGAACAACUGAUUCAGUCUGAAUGAACUCUUCAUGCUAGUUUUCAAAUGUAUUCUGUUUUUAUAAGCAAAUUUUGUGCACACUUCAAGGAGACUACUGCAAAGCUGCUAAAUUCUAGGUAAACUUUUUUUUUUUCAUAGGCCAGACUUUCUUGUUUAUGUCUGUAGCAUGAGAACAGCAAGCUAACACUUGAUGAUGGGUCUUUCUAGGGAGGGAAUGAGUUAAGCAUGAAGCCCACUAUCCAUGUAGAGAAAAAAAAUACAAACCUACUCUAAUACUGUGAUAAAAAUGCAAAGAAACUUUGACUUAGACUGUGCCCUUACCUGCUAGCACUAAAUAUGUGUGUGUGGGGGAAAAAACAACACUUUAUUAAAAACUUUGGUGCACCUUCUCAUCCCAUGUGGUCCAGUGGGAUUUGUGCACCAUCCCUGAGAAAACAAAACCAAACCAAAGCAGCUCACAUGGUGAGCUGGGGGCUUACAAUGCAUCUGGGGGACCCAUGGGAGGCAGCAGCCUUGACGUACUAUCUGCCAGGUCCAGAGGCGGCCCCAGGCUUUCCUACAAUUGUAAGAGGAGCACUUCACAAUAUUUUGAGUGAGAUAAUACAGCUGAAGGCUACAUACUUUUCAUUACAGUUCAUGAGGAGUGAAUACAUGUGUUCAUGUCCCAUCCAGCCAUCUUUUUACUCUCCCAAUGUAAGAGCCUGGGGAGAGACAGGGCCAGAGACCUGACUGAACCAUGCAAGGAGGUUCUGGCCUGAUGGUACAUAUGUAUUGUUUUCAACAUUAAACUCUUGAUCCUGAGAAAUUAUGAUCUGCAAACCAGUUUGGGAGUCUAUAAUUAAGGCCAGAUUUAAUUUUUGUAAGCAGUUAGCGCAUACUGGAAAUACAGCAUUUUUUCUUUUUUUUUUCUGGUUUUGUUUCUAUGGGCUAAAUACAUAUAUGUGUUUAAUCCAAUGAAUAUAUGUCCUAAAAAAUAUUUUUUUUCUACAAUCUGUUUAAAGAUAGCAAAGGGGUCUUUGUGCUUUGUUUCAUCCCUUUAAUUUUGUUGCUUGUCUCAUCUGUUGCAUGGGAAGAGGAUAGAAAGGAUGAACUGCAUGUAGUAGGUGGUGUCUAUCAAAGAACUGUUGGUCUGUAUUACUAAAUUUACAUGCAUAUAUGCAAAGAGUUUGUUUGCAUUGUACAGUUUGUGUUUAUUAUUAUUUGUUGUAUACACAGAUUCAACAUGAUGAAUAAAACAUUUAUAAGAAGGCAUACCAGAAAACAACAAAAAAGUUUAUGUAAGAAGUAGACUGUGCAAAACAUCGUUGCACUCGCCACAGGAUGGUGAAAACUUCAUGUAAAUAGGUUGGCAAACUCAGUUCUCCCCUUUUACCAUGCCAAAGAAAAUUUUAGCUCCUUAAUAUAAUACCUCUCUUGCUGUUCUCCAGGAUGAGACUUCACCAUUUUCUUCCCUCUAAAAUUAAUUUUGCUGUUAAGUGAAAGCUGUUUUCAACUGUCUGUUACUACUAAAGUACUGUAUAGUAAACCUGAUGGAAUCCAUUUGUAUUUACAGAUUGGGGUUUUUGUACUUACAUGUCCAGCUGUCUGUGAAUCUGCAGCAUUCCAGAUCUUUUGCAUGCUUGCUUUGUAUUUUGUUCUUCUGGGUUUUAUCUAAUCACUGAGAGACUGUUUGCACAGCAAUCCAACCUCACCUUACCAUUUCGUAUGUUAACACUGCACAUAGUCAUUAUCUC